AUGACUAGUGCCAUCUCCAGAGUUCCCAGAAUGUCCAGUGUCAUCUCCAAAGCACAGAAACUGGCUCUUGAGACAUGGAAUGUCACCUCACUGGGAGGGAAGGAGUCUGAGCUUGUGCAGAAGGAUGGUACUGACUUUGAGAUACUCACCAACUCCGCCGCUUUCAACACAUUUUUUGAAGUUUCACCAGUGAACGAGAGGGUCACCUACCUGUACCUUCGGGUACCUUCUAACCAAUUUGGUGCCCUAGGCAAGAUUUCAGGUGGUGCCCCUUCAUAUUGCACUUUACCCAGAUCUACAGUGACUGUGACACCAGACAGCGCUGUAUACACUGGAGAGACCGUCAAUCUGAAGUGUGUGAUUGAGUCUGAUCACAAUUUAAAGCCAAAGCCUGAUCUCAGAUCAGAACCUGCAGGAGCUGCACUGACUGGAAACACGGUGACUUUGACCUGUAACACUACUCUUUCCACCGGAUGGGACUUUUACUGGUACAAAAACACACUCGACUCUGAGAUAAAGAUGACAGAAACAAACUCCUACAGUAUGAAGAUUGAUUCAGUGUCUGAUGGAGGCCAGUACUGGUGUAGAGCUGGAAGAGGAGAACCAGUCUAUUACACACAAUACAGUGAUGAACUGACACUCAGUGUUACAGUGAGUCCUAAAGCUGUGGUGAUAAUCCGGCCUGAUGAACAUGUGUUCAGAGGAGAAACAGUCACUCUCAGAUGUGAUAUAAAGUGGGGACGAAACACUGAGUGGACAUACAGAUGGGAAAUAGAGCAAAUGGGCCAAUAUAACCACUAUUAUAACCAGUAUCACCAACAUAAAAACACUGUGAGCCGAAGCUCAGCACAAGAGUUGAAGAUCAGCCAUGUUGAGGUCUUUCACCGUGGUAAAUACAGCUGUACAGGACAGAUGGACACUCAAAGCUCUCAGCGCAGUGAUGCUGUUGCUCUGACGGUGUCUUCAGAUGAAGCUCAGGCAGCAGUGCGAGUGUCUCCACAGCCGUGGCUCACUGAAGGACACUCAGCGACUCUGAUCUGUGAGGUUCCAGGCUCCUCUACAGGCUGGAUGUUCAGCUGGUUCAGAGAUGCUGAUCAUCUGUCAGACGGCAGCAGGGGAGCUGGAGGCUCUUACACUCUCAGUCCUGCUGCUCUACAGCACACAGGAGUUUAUACGUGCAGAGCAGAGAGAGGAGAACCAGCCUAUUCCUCACACAGCAGCGCACAGCCACUGUGGGUCACUGGUGUUUCUGCUUCAGUGCAUCUGGUGCUCGACCCCAGCAGAAGUCAACACUUCUCCUCUGACUCUCUCUCUCUGAGCUGUGACUCUGCUGGAUGGACAGUGAGAAGAUACACACACACAAACACACAAGAUUGUUCAGCACAAACAGGAUCUACAUGUGCAAUCCAGUCUCUCAGCACAUCUGACACUGGAGUUUACUGGUGUGAGUCUGAAUCUGGAGAGAAACGCCAUCCUCUGAACAUCACUGUACAUGAUGGUGCUGUGAUUCUGGAGAGUUCUGCUGAUCCUGUGAUUGAGGGAGAAACUCUGACUCUACACUGUUUACAUCGAUCUACAAUCUCCUCCAUCCUCACAGCUGAUUUCUAUAAAGACGGAUCACUGAUCCAGAAUCAGACAGGAGAGAUGAACGUCACUACUGUCUCAAAGUCUGAUGAGGGUUUCUACUACUGUAAAAUAGAGAGAGAAGAGUCGCCACACAGCUGGAUCUCAGUCAGAGCUUCAUCUCCUCCUCUUCUGGUCAUUGGUGUUUCUGUGGGAUUGAGUGUUUUCUUGCUGCUCCUCAUUUUACUGGUUCUGCUGCUGAGACACAAGAAGAAAAAAGGUGUGAAGGAGUUCAGAACAUAUCCACACUGUAACGUUCAACAAACUUCGGCUCCAAACCGAUCUGGCAUUUCUCAGAUGGAAAACUCAACUCUACAGUCUGGUCUGCUCCAUUAA